CGCGGGGCCAUCGCGGCGCUCCGCGAAGUUCCGCGGGGCCCGGGGAAGUUUGGGCUCGGCUCGGCCCCGGCCAUGGCCUUCCGCCGGCGGGCCAAGAGCCACCCGCUCUUCAGCCAGGAGUUCCUCAUCCACAACCACGCCGACAUCGGCUUCUGCCUGGUGCUCAGCGUCCUCAUCGCCCUCAUGUUCGAGGUCACAGCCAAGACUGCCUUCCUGUUCAUCUUACCUCAGUAUAAUGUCAGCGUGCCUACAGCAGAUGGGGAGCUGGUCCAGUAUCACUAUGGGCUGAAGGAUCUGGUCACCAUCCUCUUCUACAUCUUCAUUGCCAUCGUUCUGCACGCGGUGGUGCAGGAAUACAUCCUGGACAAAAUCAACAGGCGUCUGCAUCUCUCCAAGGUCAAACACAGCAAGUUCAAUGAGUCAGGGCAGCUGGUUGCCUUCCACCUCACCUCUGUCAUCUGGUGCUUGUACGUCGUGGUGACGGAAGGAUACAUUUCAAACCCCCGGAGUCUGUGGGAAAACUACCCGCAUGUUUAUCUGCCGUACCAGGUGAAGUUUUUCUACCUGUGCCAGCUGGCGUACUGGCUGCACGCCCUGCCCGAGCUCUACUUCCAAAAAGUCCGCAAGGAGGAGAUCCCCCGACAGCUGCGCUGCAUCACGCUCUACCUGCUGCACAUCACCGGCGCCUACCUGCUCAACUUAACCCGCCUGGGGCUGAUCCUCUUGCUGUUGCAGUACUUGGCCGAGUUCUUCUUCCACAUGGCGCGGCUGGUUUACUUCACGGACGAGAACAAUGAGAAGCUGUUUAACGUCUGGGCCGUCGUGUUUGUGGUCACCAGGCUCUUCACCCUCACCUUGUACAUCCUCGUCAUCGGCUUCGGGCUGCCGCGCGUGGAGAGCCAGGUCCUGGACCCCGAGAGAGGGAACCUCUUCAGCUUCCUCUUCAACAAUAUUCUCUUCAGAAUGAGUGUGCUGCUGUUGGUGUGCCUCUUCCAGGCCUCGGUGAUGUGGCGCUUCAUCCACUUCCAGCUGCGGCGCUGGAGGGAGUACUGGAACGAGCAGAGCAGUCGGAAGCGAGCCGCCGCCGCUGCCGCCGGCACCAAGCAGCAAACCAAGCCGCUCAAGAGGGACUCGGGUUACCAUGAAAACGGAGUGGUGAAAGCGGAGAACGGAACCUCACCUCGCACCAAGAAGCUCAAGUCUCCUUAGAAGUCAAGGGUUGUCUCCUGGGGAGGAGGGCGAGAUACCAGGACUGAGCAGCCCCUCCUCCUGCUCCUCACGAGCGGCGUCUUGAAAGGCCGGGAAUCAUCUUUCCCAAGGUGUCUCUCGCUCUCCUCCCUCCCUUUCUUGCUCUUGUGAACCAUUUGCAAUAAAACCAAAAAGGCCCCUUUCCUGUUCUCCCAUCCCCCUCAUAGGAACCUUUUACAGCCCUCCUGGUUUUGCCUUCCUCUGUUUGAUCGUAAACCAGUGUGCAAUUUCUUUUUUUUUUUUUUUUUCCCCCUAUUUCAGUGUUUGAUUAUUUUGGUUAAUGGUUACAAAUGUAUCAUAGAUGGUUCCAAACAAUCCUUUUUUUCUCCUACAACCUGUUCCUCCCCUCUCUUCAUGGUGCUUCCCUGAGCCCCUGGGACAGGGCCACAACAGCUUGAAGGCAUCAAAUGUGUGUUAUGGGAUCAGAUUCUUGGGGGAAUGUGCUGGGGCUGUGAGAUCUGAGGCUCAGGGGUGCUCUCAGGUGAGAUGGGGCACAUCUGGCCAGCUCUUGGCAGGAUGGUGAUGUUGCAAAGAGAGACCAGGGUCUGAUGGAAGCUCAACCCAGUCUUGUCUCCUAGUAGAUCUCUGGUUAACUGGGGUUUUCUGAACCCUGCUUUUGAGGACUUCGAGAGCUGGGCAGCAGAGGAGGGAGAGAACUUCCCUCUUAAUAUGGAAAGUCCACCUCCCAGCCUUUGCUUGCCCCAGCUGGGUUUCUUUGGCUGCCCUGUGGUUGUUCUGGGCCUCCCAGCCCCAGGAGCUGGGCCCAGGCCUCUGCAGCUCUCAGUGUUUUGCCCCGCUCUGAGCGCUGGCCUGGCUCCUGUCAGCCCAGGCCCUUUGCCAGCUUGUCUGUGCCUCGUGGACCUGGUGUUCUUGUUGCUGAUGACCAGCUGGUUGCUGCAAAGGGUUUUUGCAUCAGUGGCACUGUGCCCCUCGUGCUGUCACCUCAGCCUUCCUCGUCCCUACCAUACCAGUCCAGCCGUGCCAUCGGCAGCCACCAGUUUCACUCUUUGUUUCCAAAGGAUACAGUGCUUGUAUCCACCCAAGGUGCUAUCAAAUCCAGGGUUUCUUCCAAAUAUCCUAGCCCCCUCAUCCCUUUCUGAGCUGUGAAUGAGAUGACAGGGAAGGAAGGGGAAGGAGGACAGGGCUGCAAGGAGCAGCUUGCAUUUUAGGAAAAGCCUGGCUUGUGACACGUAGCUGUUGACAGAUGGAAUUGUCUCAAAUCUACCUCAGAGGCCAUCUGUUGCUGCAGACCACUUUCCCCUCUCGCUCCUGCCCGCUGCCACCUCCACGUGCUGACAGGAGAUUUUGUGGAAAGCCACAUCCCACCAAACCAACCUAAACCAUUGAUUCCUCGCUGACUCUGCUGGGGAGCAGCAUCUGCAUGGGGUUUCGUGGGUCAGUGCCAUCUCUCUGGGCUUCUUUUUGGGGUGCCAGGCCAGGCUGGGGUUGGCAGGUGAGCAGUAGUGGCACCUCUGUCCCCACACUGUCCCCUGGGGCGGUUCCUGAGCUGGGCUUUGCUGUUGGUGCCUCUUGUGCAGCGAAGCCGACCGUAGCUUUAGUUCUGCUUCACCACGGCAGGAACAGGGGACUCGUGGUGUGUCCCCUGGGCUGGGUGAGGAGAGGGACACAGAGCUGGGGUGCUCUCCAUGUGCAGUCCAGGAUUGAUCCUUGGUGUGCCCCUGGCUCAGCCCUUGGGGGCAUCUGAACUCUGGCUCCCUCCGAGUGCAAUUCCAGCUUGAGGCUGGUGCUGUUGUCCUUUGCACCAGUCGUAUUUUGAGGAAUGGGUGACAGUUUGUGCUCCUCUUUGAGUUGAGUUGGUUUUUUUCCCCUUUUUAUCUGGGUGUCUUUUGUCCUUUCUUCCUCCUCUCCUUGUUGAGGAGGCACUGGAGGGAGAAACAUGCAGGGACAUGAGGACAGUUGGUCAAAUUCCAUUUGUUCCUCAAUCUCUGGAACAUUUGAGUGUCAAGUGAGAGACACUGGCAGGAGAGGGCUUUCCCCGUUUUCAGGGGAACUGGGAAAGGAGGCUGGAGCAGAGCAAGCUGGAGCUUGGUGGUACCUUGCCAUUACUCCUCGUAGCCUGUACUGGGAGGGUAAAACACUUUUUUAGCUCAGAGGCAGCGACAGGACCUGCAGUGCAGCGUGAUUGGGGGGAAAAGAGCUUUAUGUUGGGAAGGACAUGGAAAAGGUCUGGUGUGAGAGGUUUUUCCUUUCUCCUGCCUCUUCCCAUCCCCUGCCAUCCACUGCUAGUGCCUUCCAGGAGCGACUGCUGGCUGGCACCUCCCCAGAGCCUUGACCAGGCUGUUCCACAGCUCUGACGCCUCGCAGCAGCCGAGCUGCUGACUGUUAGCAGGGGACGCAAGAGGCCCCCAAAAACACAGCUGCUGCAUGGUUCCUCCUCCUGCCUGCUUGGCUUCAGGCAGCUUUUCCACUUGCACAAUCCUAUCUCUUCAUACAGUAGCUGGUGAUGCUUUGUAUCCCAAGUGCCUUAUGUUGUAGCCUCUCUGUGCACUAUACCAGUAGCUGAACAGAACACCCUCCUUUGUUACUACAUAUGUACAGUAUAUGCUACAUUUACGUGGUUUUUGUUUUAUUUUUGAUAGAGCUACCUGGAAAAGGGACAUUUGUUUUUGGAGCAUUUCCAUGUGUUCUUUUUAUGAGUUUGGUUUUUUAAACCUAUAGAUGAUGGGGCUUUUUUUUUUUUUUUUAAUAGCCCUCCCCUAUAUUUAGUCCUCAGAAAUCCCCAUCCAUCCGUUAGACCCAAACAUGGCAGGUUGGUUUUUUUGGUUUUUUUUUGAGCUGAGCCUUUAUUGUGAGGCGAUAUCCACUGCAAUCCCCUCUCCAUCAGAGGGGCCGCCAUGAGCUGCUCCUAUUUCUGUGUUGUAGUGCAAGCACAGUCUAUGGGCUGCAGCAACUGCUCCUGUGUCUGUGUCAUUUCUCAGCAGAUCCAGCAUUCCUUUCAGCCCAAAGAGCUUUUUCUUGGAGCAUUUUCAUUGCAAGCCCUUAGUGGUCAGUCUGUCCUUGGCCGCUCUGCCUAUGAAAUGCCAUGAGCUCACUUCCCUUUGGUGGAUGCCCUUCUCAUGCUCUAUCUUGUCAAGGUCUGUGUCAUCUGCAGAAAAUGUUGUGGAAUUGUUGGGCGAUUGAGGUUGGAAAAUGCCUCCAAACUUGUCGAAGUCCAACCUUUAAUCCAGCACCAAGAUCUAAACAAAGCUCUCCUGAACAGGAGCUCUUGUCCACCACAUUGCAGAAGGUGAUGGAGAUUAUCCAAAACUUCCAGUGGGACAUGAUUCCUUGCACCCUUCCUGUGGGCUUGAGGCUGCUUUAGUAGUCUGUGUCCAUUUUCCAGCCUAAGGAGGUCAGGAAUUGAGUGCCUGUGGAUUUUGAGGUGAAGUGUAGUGUUUUCCUUUCCUAGCCUAGAAGAGCUGUGAAAUACCAGCACUAGUUCUCUCUUCUUGUCUUAGGUAGUUGGAGAAUGGGCUUGGGAAGAGAAAGGGGUGGAGGAAGAACAGAUGUAGCAUUUCACAUACAGUUUUUGAGUGACUCUUACGUUACGGGGCAUUACAGUCGCGUUUUGUCUUGUUGUUGUUGUUUAUGAUUCUUUCUUCUUACUCCUUAUGUUUGGGUUAGUAGCAGCCAAGUUCCAGUUCCCCUGUAGGUCCCCUUACCUUCAACUCAGUGUUUUAAAAGGUAUUUUUGGUAGGCUUCCAGGUUGGAGGGAAGAGCGGCCACUCUGGGAUGUCUCUUCCUUGCCUCCAAGUGACUCUGGGAGCCUGGAGCCCCCCUGCCUCUGCUGCAGUGCCUGGGGGUUUACAGCAGCCCCAGGCUCUUGCCUUUGGUAGAUGGACCCCAGAUUGUGUCAGCAGUGGAUGGAGAUGAUGGGGUUUGAUUUACAGCCUUCCAGGAAACUUCCUGGGGGAUGAAAGGGUGGUUUAGUAGGUUUUAUGCCCAGCAAUGUUGCUCCUCCUUGGAGCUGUGUGUGGGGUUUUUCUGGGAAGAGUGGCUGUUGGAGAAGCCAGGCAGAGGUGUGUAGUUUUUCCUUGGAAAUGUUGAAUUCAGCUGAUCAAACUUCAACAAAGGAACUCGGGGAAAAUUUCUGUUCUUCCAUAUUUAUGCUUUAGUGCAAAUUUCCUGAUUUUGGAGGGGGUGGGGGGAAUUAACAGUCUCUGGUAUUCUAGCCCAUUUGUUUCAUUCUUCCUGUCACUUCAGUUUUUGUACGGAUUUUGUUUGUUGUUGUUCAUUGUUCAAUGACUUUUGUGAUAAACUCCGCAGAAGUAUUUUUCUCAAAUAAAUAAAUAAAAGGCAUAGAUUCUUCCA